CUUCGAAAAAGAUACUUCAAUUUAUUAUUUCUGCAGAAACGUCCAACUUAUGCAGCUGACUCUUUCUAAAGUCUAUAAGUUUUAAACGUUUCAAGGAAGUCAAUGUACUAGAACUUCCCAGCUUUUGUCAAAAUGCGCACCUCCGGAAUUCAUAUGCUGUUGAUCAGCGUGGCAUACUUGAGAAGUGCUGUUUCAAUUGUCCAAACCAGAUCAGGUCCUGUGGAGGGAAUACUCGAUACUUAUCAAGGUACCUUGGUAGAAGUAUUCCUUGGAAUUCCUUAUGCAGCUCCUCCAGUUGGAAACUUACGCUUUAAAAGAACAGUUCCAGUGCAGCCGUGGACUGAACCUCUGAAAUCUGACAGAUAUUCUCCAGCCUGCGUUCAGUACUUUCCUUACAAAUAUCCAUGGGUAGACAAGAUGUUAGGCCAAAGCGAAGAUUGCUUGCAUCUGAAUAUAUGGGCGCCAAGAAGUGCUUACAGUACAAGUAAGAAAGCUGUCAUGUUUUGGAUAUACGGAGGUGGCUUCUCUUCUGGAUCUAAUCGAAUUGAAACAUAUGAUGGUGGCGUUUUAGCCGCAGAGGGAGACGUGAUUGUUGCCUCUGUUAAUUACAGGUUAGGAGUGUUUGGGUUUUUAUCCACACCAAGCGAAGAAGCACCAGGUAAUAUGGGGUUUUUUGACAUACUGGAAGCUCUUAGAUGGAUUAAGAACAAUAUUCACGCCUUUGGAGGAGACCCGGACAACAUCACUCUUUUCGGAGAAAGCGGGGGAGCUAUGAUUUCAGGCCUUUUCUGCGUGUCCCCUCUCACUGUUGGCCUCUUCAGGAGGGUCAUCUUGGAAAGUGGUGCCCCGGCAAGACUUGUCGAAGACACUAGUUACCAGAUGAAUUUAGAGCUGGGUGAUAAACUAGCAGCAGAAAUGGGUUGUUCUCCAAAUUACGCAUCUUUAGAGCAAAAUCCAGAUGGGAUUGUUCAAUGCUUGAGAGGUAAAGAUGCUCGAGUUCUUGCAUACGCCAGUGAAGCUUUAAAUAAUUUCUCCGUGGUUACUUUCAACUACAUCUUCGGAGACACUCUACUACCAAAAAAUCCUCGAUUGGCCGUAAUUGAUUUAGAAUUUCAGAACGUCGAAGUGCUUAUUGGCAAUAAUCAGGACGAAGGUGCUUUUUCACUAGGUGUAUUCAUGCCAGAAGUUUUCGGUCCGUUUGGUGAAAAGAAUCCUUGUGUCAACAAAACUUUUGGAAGUACCUUAAUUCCGCAAAUUAUCGACACAUUCCCAGCACCCUCAGCUGCUGUUGAGUGGUACCUCGGAGGAUUGCAGGAAAAUGAUUGCGACGAUGUACGUCGUCAAGUAUACCAUGCGUAUGGAGAUUAUGGUAUAUUUUGUCCUGAUGUGUAUUUUGCAGAAAGUUUCGCAAAAAAGGGUAAUUCCGUGUAUUACUACUACUUCAACCAUCAAAGCUCCGCAGCACCAUGGGCUGGUUGGAUGGGUGUGGUACAUUCAGAUGAAAUACCGUUUGUGUUUGGAAGGCCGUUGGAUUACGUAUACGGAGUUGAAAAGCCGUUUGGAUUUGAAAAAUACUGGGAAUACGCAGUUACUGAUGAACGGCCAUCUGAAGCUAGACGACAAUGUAAAGCAUAUUAUACAUCUUCGGAAAAGCAACUCAGUAAAGAAAUGAUUUCGCUGUGGACUAACUUCGCAAAAUAUGGAACGCCAAGUAAUGAGUGGCACACCUUCUCCAGAGAAAGACAUUAUGUCAUGACACUGCAGCUUCAAGAAAACAGAAAAAGUUACUUAGAACAACAUUUUGAAAACUGCGAGUUCUUCCGGCCUUACUUUGGUUUUAGCUAGUCAGUUGUAAUAAAAUUGGGCAUUUUUGUUUGCA